UUCGUCGGCUGCGACAGCGUGGCGGUCAUGGCGGCCGUCUGCGCCUCCGUCGGUCUGGGCGGGUCGGCGUACUGCGGGUUCAUGUGCUCCCACCAGGACCUCGCCCCCAACCUGGCCGGGUCGCUCAUGGGCCUCUCCCUCAGCGUGGGCACCGUGCCGGGGUUCCUGGCGCCCCUGCUCAGCGGCCUCGUGCUCAGCGGGGAUCAGACCCUAGCCGGCUGGAGAACCAUCUUUGUCGUCUCUGCCUGCAUGUCCCUCGUCACUGGAGCAAUUUACGUCGCCUUCGUCACGGCAGAACAGCAGUCUUGGAAAGACACAAGGAGUGAAGCUCAAAAACACGGCAAGAACACGUUACCAGGAGAGACAGUCCACAUCCGGGAAGAGACAGGGCCGAGUGGAGAACCCGAAGGACAGCUUGUGGCUUCCUUCACCUCGACUCAUUCAGGAGACCAGGAUCCAGAUUGUGUCACGACGCAUAUUUGA